AUGACGCCGGAAUGGUGGCCCGGAGAGGACCAUGAACAGUUCGUGCAGUGGGCAAUAUCCCAAGGCGUCAUUGUGGAUGGAGUUGGUCCAGCACGCUUCCAGGGACGUGGUCUAGGAAUGAUAGCUAUGCGAGACAUACAAGAAGAGGAGGUUAUUGUGCGAGUGCCGCAACGAGUAAUGUUAACAGAAGAAGCCAUUCCGCCUUCAUUCUCUAGCAGGUUCCCCGAAAAGACGCCGGUUCACGCGCUUCUGGCUGCAUUCUUGUGUAAUGGCGAGCCGGAGGACCUCCAGCCCUUUCAGCUCUGGAGAAAGACCUGGCCUAGCCGGAAGGACUUUGAGGACUGCAUGCCGAUUCUAUGGCAGGAGAAUUCCAGUUCCAUGCUACCGCCGUCUAUCUCGGGUAGAUGGAAGAAUGUCCAGAAGCAAAAACUCGACUUUGAAUACGAGUCCUCGCACCAAAACAUCCUUGCUCAGCAGCGGGUGAGAUUGCGCAAUGCCUGGGAGAGCGUUGUUGCUGUGUUUCCGGAGACUGAUUGGGAAGGAUUCUCCUACCACUGGCUCAUUGUAAAUACUCGGAGCUUCUUCUAUCUGAUGCCCGGCCAAGAGCAACCAGAAGAUCGGAAUGAUGCUAUGGCUCUACUGCCAUUAGCUGAUUACUUCAACCAUUCCGACGUGGCAUGUAACGUGAAAUUUGAUGGCCAUGAAUACGUAUUCAGGGCCGUAAAAGCGUAUAACACAGGAGAAGAAGUCUUUAUGAGUUACGGACCUCAUACCAAUGAUUUCCUGUUCACUGAAUACGGUUUCUACCUCGAUUCGAACCAGUCCGAAGCACUAUACCUCGAUGACAUUAUAUUUCAAGACUUGAACCCGUCCCUCCGGGAGGAACUAAACCUACAGCAAUAUUAUGGCAACUAUCAGGUCACGGCCACGGGAGUGUGCUAUCGGACCGAGAUAGCCGCUUGCAUUGUAUACAUGUCUCUCAAAGACUGGCAAAACUACACCCUCGGCUACUCUACCAGGGGAGUAGACGCAGAAAAGUCGGCAAAGGUCAUCCGCAAAUGGAUCGGCACAUACGUAGAAGAAGCGAAUGCGAGUAUUGACGAGCUGCUGGAGAAGCGUGGGUCUGGAAACAUAGACCGGGAAGACGAGGGAAGGAUGCGAAUGCUGAUCAAGAGGUGGAGCCAGGUAAAGGAUCUUUGUUUGAGAGCUCUAAAGGAAGUCGGAUGA